CCAUCGAUCGGCAUGAGCCCGGCCGCCGGCAUGUUCCCAGUGUUUCCGCCGCCACCUUUCUGCUACACGUUCCCCGUGCAGCCCCCGCCGUACUUCCACCACGCACCCAUGUCGCCGGUAUGGCCGUCGCCCGCCGUCCCGGUGCGCUCCGUGUGGGCGUACAACUUCAACGCCGAAUCGGACAGCCUCCGCAGCGCCGCCAGGAGAGCCAGGUACGUCGCCGUCAACGUGCACUACCCGGGCGUCGUCCACCACGCCGGCGGCCAGGACCACAACACCCUCACCGCGGAGCAGCGCUACGCCCUCGUCAAGGCCAACGUGGACGGUCUCACGCCGCUCCAGGUCGGCGUGGCGCUCUACGGCAACGACGACGGGUACCUCGGCGCCUGGGAGUUCAACCUGCGGGACUUCCGCCCCAGGGCCGACCCGCACGACGAGAAGUCCCUUGCGUACCUCGCCCGCCGCGGCCUCAACGUCGGCGCGCUCCGCGACCACGGCGUCCGCGCCGACAUGCUAUGCGCGACGCUGUUUGAAUCCGGCCUGAUCAGCCCUCGGCGUGGGCCGCCGCGGAGCUGGAUCACCUACGCCGGGGCCUACCACGUCGCAUACCUGGUGAAGAUCGUCACCCGGGGAGCCGCGCUGCCGGAGGACGUGGCCGGGUUUGACGACGCCGUGCGGCGUUACCUGGGCAACCAGGUAUACGAUGUCGCUUGGAUGGCGGGCGACUGCCCGGCCAUGCCGCUGGGGCUAGAGCGCAUCGCCGCUCACCUCGGCUUCCAUUUGCCGCUGUGGAGCCCUCAACUCGCAGCUGCCGCCGGCGUGCGUGCGCUGCAGGUCUUCAUGCAUCUGAAGUACGGGGAGUUCGGCGGCAACGUGCAGAUGUACCGGGGCCUUCUUGAAGGCCUGCACUAGCUAAGUCGAUCUUACACCAACAAUGUCGAGCCGAGAACUGGAAGUUCGUGCAGGGAAGACUGAUGCCGACUUGCAUCCACGAUAGCUCUGAUCGAUCCC